UGUAGUAGUGAGAAGGUUUGACUCACUUAUGUGACUUAACUUUUGCCACUUUUGGUUAUCAAUGUGAAUAUUAUUUUACGCAAAGACAGUACUAGUAUUCGAAUGCUUGUCAAUGUAUGUAAAAGAUUUAAUUUGCACAAGAACUGUUACUAAGUUGGCUGAACACUACAGAGGAGAAAAUGCAGCAACCUGGGAUGGCAUCUAGUGAGCGAUGUUGCUCUGGCUUACACAGCUCUGAAAGAAGGCAGCCAGAAAGAAAUCUGUACCCAGUCCCAGUCUACAGAGUUCCAUAUUAUUACCCUUACCAAGCAUUACAGAUCCCUUGGGCAGGUUCAUACCUUGUACCCUAUGGGUACUUAAUGGAACAACAGCCUUUGCCCAGGGAUCGGGAUCUAUCUGGACAUGAUCCAAAUCUGCAGCCAAUGAAUGGAGCAAGAUAUGUCAUGCCCUUUAUACCAGAGCAACACUUUAUGAAUGGUGCAAGAUAUGCCCCUGGACAUUUUCCAGAGCUGCAGUCAAUGGACGGAGGGAGAUAUUCCCCUGGAGUUGAGUACCAGCAGUCAACCAGAGGCAGACAUUUUCCUGAUCUCGCGUCUGUGUCUCAGCAGCCAGCCAGGAGCAGACAUCUACAUCAACAGCAGGGCUCGGCCACAGACAGCUAUCCCUAUGAACUUUUCCCAGAACCACAAUCGUCCCAAAAACGCAAACGUAAAUCUGGAUUGCAAGACAUUCAAGACAUGAAAAUUGGCUUUUGGAAUCCAGAGGAAAACAACGAAGCAAAGUGUACAAAAACAGAAAAAAAGAAGAGCCAUAAAAAUUCAACACUUGUAAUGGACAAACAGAGAGAAAAAAACAUCAGAACCCUCUUAAGUAACCUACAUAGAAACGAUGAGGACUCACCUGACAUGACUGCAACAAAUGUACAAAAUUAUCCCUUAGAUACCAAGGAGAACAACAUGAUGAUACUCCACAACCAUCAAGAUGUAUUUGCAGAGAGAUUUCUUGAUACACCAGACACCAAAACUGAACAUCCUGAAAGCUUGGCAAUGCUUGUUGAUUUGACUUCAGACAACUUGAAAAAUAAAAGAAAAGAAAAGAAACUGAAAGUUGAAGUUACUCCAGAAAAGGAAGAGGAAGAAGUUAAAGAAAAAGAAGAGGAAGAAGUUAAGGAAGAGGAAAAGGAAAAAGAAUACAUUGAAGAAAAGGAAGAGGAAGAAUGUGAAGAAAAUAAAGAGGGAGAAGUUAAAGAAAAGGGUGUGGAAGAAGUUGAGAAAGAAGUACCGCUUGAAGAAAAGAAAGAGGAAGAAGAAGAAGUAAAGGAAAAGGAAGAAGAAGAAAAAGAAGUUGAAGAAAAGAAAAGGCGAGAAGUUGAAGAAAAGGAAGAGGAAGGAGUUAUAAACAAGGAAAAGGAAGAUGCUGAAACAAAGGAAGAGGAUGAAGUUAAAAACAGGGAAGAGGAAGAGGUUAAGAAAGAGGAAGAAGAUAAAGAAAUGGAAGAAGAAGAAGUUAAAGAAAAGAAAGUGGGAAAAAUUGAAGAAAAGAAAGAGGAAGUUAAAGAAAAGGAAAUUGAAGAGGUUAAAGAUGAGGAAGAAGUUAAAGAACAGGAAGAGGAAGAAGUUGAAGAAAAGAAAGAGGAAGAAGUUAAAGAAAAGGAAGAGAAAGAAAUUGAAGAAAAAGAAGUUAAAGAAAAUGAGGAAGAAGUUAAAGAAAAGGAAGAGGAAGAAAUUGAAGAAAACAAAGAGGAAGAAGUUAAAGAAAAAGAAGUUGAAGAGGUUAAAGACAAGGAAGAAGUUAAAGUAAAGGAAAUUAAAGAAGAGGAAGAAGUUAAAGAAAUAGAAGUUAAAGAAAAGGAAGAGAAUGAAAUUGAAGAAAUAGAAAAAUAG